CCUUUUCGUGCGGGACAGGCUGGUCUCUGCUUCUGAGGCUCCUCAAGGAACCUGAGCGCCACCUCCAGUUGCCCGGAGCGCUACGCAUUUGCAGGUGUCCUUCUUCAGCAGCUCCGCUGCAGCCUGACCUGGAGGACGGGACAGUGUCUGGCUCAGGCUGCCCGAAAUGGCCCUUCUGACACACCUGCUGGUCUGCGUCUUUGGCAUGGGCUCCUGGGUGGCCAUCAACGGGCUCUGGGUGGAGCUGCCCCUGCUGGUGACUGAGUUGCCUGAGGGCUGGUACCUGCCCUCCUACCUCACCGUGGUCAUCCAGCUGGCCAACAUAGGCCCUCUCCUAGUCACCCUGUCACACCGCUUCCGACCCGGCUGCCUGUCAGAAGUGCCUGUGAUCUUCCUUAUCCUGUGCAUCGGCACCGCUGCCUGCGUCCUCUUAGCCUUCCUGUGGAACAAGACAUCCUGGAUCCAGGGUGGACGCCACAGUGUGGCCUUCAUCAUCCUCACCUUCUUCCUGGCCCUGGUGGACUGCACCUCCUCUGUCACUUUCUUGCCCUUCAUGAGCCAGCUGCCCACCUACUAUCUCACCACCUUCUUUAUAGGCGAGGGGCUCAGUGGCCUCCUGCCUGCUCUGGUGGCCCUUGUCCAAGGCUCGGGUAUCACCACCUGUGUCAACACCACGGAGACAGCAGGCACCACCCUGAGCCCUGUGACCACUGUGGAGACCAACAUCACCCAGAGAACCCACACUCCUUCCCUGUCACCCUUCACCUGGCACCUGGAGAGUCGCUACUUGGCCCCACGCUUCUCACCGCUGCUCUUCUUCCUGCUGCUCUCAUUCCUCAUGGCCUGCUGCCUGGCCGCCUUCUUCCUCCUCCAGCGGCAGCCCUGGGGACGACAAGGCUCCAUAGAGGACCUCCUCCACUCCCAGGUCACCCUGCACUCUAUCAAGCCACGAAACACAGAGGACACCAGCUCACUGGGCACUCCUGUGGGCAGCUCGGCCAAGGGGUCAGUGGAAGUCGGUGUAGCCUCUCUUCGCCCAGCCCAGCUGGCCUUCGUCUACUCCGUGGUGGCCUUUGUCAACGCGCUCACCAACGGUGUGCUGCCCUCGGUACAGACCUACUCCUGCCUGCCCUACGGGCCUGUCGCCUACCACCUGUCUGCCACCCUCAGCGCCGUGGCCAGCCCCCUCACCUGCUUCCUCCCCAUCUUCCUGCCUAACAGGUCAUUGCUGUUCCUGGGGGCUCUCACAGUGUUGGGGACCGGCUUUGGGGCCUAUAACAUGUCCAUGGCUGCCAUGAGCCCCUGCCCCAUCCUGCAGGGCCACUGGGGUGGAGAGGUUCUCAUCGUGCUCUCCUGGGUGCUCUUUGCAGCCUGUCUCAGCUACGUCAAGGUGAUGCUGGGUGUGAUCUUGCGUGACCGGAGCCGCAGUGCCCUCUUGUGGUGUGGGGCAGCAGUGCAGCUGGGCUCGCUGAUUGGCGCCCUGCUCAUGUUCCCGCUGGUUAAUGUGCUGAGACUCUUCUCGUCCGCUGACUACUGCAGCCUGGACUGCUCUGUCUAGGCUCGCUUGUCCACCUCAGGACACCAGGUGCUCCAGCAGAACCUAGAGGCACAGAGGGUAACAACCCUUCACUUCCUGCCACCCUCACACUCCCCCCACCUCCCUAUGUGGUCACAGACGUGGGGCUGGGGAGCAGGAAGGCCUCCCCCAACAGUGUCCCAGUUGCAGACUUCAGUCUUUGACCACUGAGAGAUGUGGUUUUUAGCAUUCGGCUGGAGGCAGCCUAAGGAUGUUAGGGGAAGGACCCCUGGAAGAUUAAGCUAGCCCGGGGCCUACUGUGGGACCCUAGGGAAGUCUCUUGACUCUCUAGGUCUCAUUAAAGAGGAUUGUUGCUACAACAGCCUUCAGCUUCUAGGCUUAGGCAUCUAGCAGGUUCUCCUGACUUCUCUCCCACGUGGACACCCUUCUUAAUGCAACCUGGAAGUGACCAGAGGCCUUGGGAGGGCCCCUGCCUCCAUCCCUUUCUGUGUCCCAAGAAAUGUACUUCUCCCGGACAUUGCCUGUAAAAACCUCAAGCGUCUUGGCCCAAUACAGCUCUGUCCCCCAGGAUAAUGAAACCCUGAGAAAAGCUGAGGGGAGCCCUGCCUCUGAGAGUGGCCCCACCCAGAGACAGUGAAGACCCUCAGAGGGGUGUCUCAGGCAGGAGGGGUUUUGUCUAUAAUUAUUCUGUUUUGUAUUUUGUUUCUUUUUAUAAGAAUUAAAAGUUUCUAUGCUUUUACACUAA